GAGAUCUGGGUCUCUCUCUCUCUCUCUCUCUCUCUCUCUCUCUCUCUGGUUUCUAUUUUAUACACAAAGAAAUAACGUACAGAUAGAACCAGUUUCUCGAUCAAUUACUUUAGAAAUUCAACUCAAAUCGCCUAGAUUAAGUUGAAGUUGGUGGGUGUUAGUCGCCUGCAAUUGAAUUUGAGUUAAUUUAUCGGUUAGGGACUUGAAAUUUUUUGUAAGGGCACUGCUGGACUUAUACCGUUUAAGUUUAGCAGUUUGGACUGUAAACGUUAAUAUGGGACUUUGCUUGGGUAAGCAAACUGAAGGAGGUGAUUCUGAAGAGAAUGUCAAGUUUUCUGGUGGGAAUGUGCAUCUUAUCACCUCCAAGGAAUCUUGGGAUCAAAAAUUGGUAGAAGCGAGUGGGGAUGGCAAGAUUGUAAUUGCAAACUUCAGUGCAACUUGGUGUGGUCCUUGUAAGACAAUGGCACCAUUUUACCGCGAAUUAUCUGAGAAAUACCCAUCGGUCGUGUUCUUACUGAUUGAUGUUGAAGAACUAACGGAGCUCAGCACUUCAUGGGAGGUCAAAGCCACUCCUACAUUCUUCAUUCUUAGAGAUGGACAGCAAGUUGACAAGCAUGUAGGAGCCAACAAGUCAGAGUUGGAGAAGAGGAUAACCGCAAUUAUAGAUUCUACUACCCAACGUCAGAAUUGACUGCUAUGCAUGUUUCUAUCUAGUGAAAGGCUGCUCAAUGUUUUGUAUGCAUGUCGCUGCGAAUAUGGAUGCUUGGCUGUUGCCUUUAUUUUUUGGGCUAUUUUUCCUGUCUACUUGGCAUGUAAAUACCACUGUUAGGUGAAUAUCGUUCUUUCUUAUUUUGGCUUGAAAUUCUUGGGCUUUAAAGCUCAGAAUUAUUUUGAAUCUGCUUUUCCCAAAGACCGACUGAUCUAAGAAAUAUAAUAAUUUUAUUCUGCACUACUAUUUGGCUGGGUA